UGGGGAUGUUAAUGGGGAGGAGAGUGGGAUGGGAAUAAGAAUGGGAAUGGGGAUAGGAAUGGGGAUGGGAUGAAUUGAGAAUGGAAACAGGAUGGGGAUGGGAAUACGAAUGGCAUGGUAAUGAGAUGGGGAUGGAAAUAGAGACAAGGACAGAAAUGGGAAUGGAAUGGGAUGAGGUAGUGAUGGCGAUGGGGACAGGCACUCUGGGUGCAGGCACUGCAGGGCAGUGUAUUCCCCACAGGAGCUGGGGGUCCCCCCACUUGCCGCAGCCCUGCCCAGCAGUGCAGCUGGAGGAGCUGGCAGCCAUGCACUAUGAGGAAGGGCAGAAGCAGGGGCAGCUCGUCAUGCUGGGCACCGGUGGCUUUGGCAGGGUGGAGCUGGUGCGGUGCCACAAGCAGCUCUUUGCACUGAAGCGGACGCACAUGCACACGGGGAGGAGGGUGCUGGCCCGCAGCCACUGCCCCUUCAUUGUAGGGUUCUUUGGCUCCUUCCGUGAUGCGCAGCACAUCUACCUGCUGCUGCAGUUCUGCCAGGGAGAAGAGCUGCAGACCAAACUGCGUGAGGUGCGCUGCUUUGAGGAACCCCUGGCUGUAGUCUGCACUGCUUGUGUGGUGGAGGGCCUGGUGUACCUGCACGGCCACGGCAUCAUCUACUAGGACCUGAAGCCUGAGAACCUGAUGUUGGACCAGCUGGGUUAUGUCAAGCUGGUGGACUUUGGCUUUGCCAAGGAGCUGGAGCAUGGGGAGAAGACAUUCUCCUUUUGUGGGACACCUGAGUACCUGGCGCCCGAGAUGCUGUGCCAUGAGGGCCACGACUUUGCUGUUGACUUCUGGAUGCUGGGCAUCCUGGUGUUCGAGAUGCUGGUGGGCAGAUGCAUCCUGGAUGGCAUCUUCUCCUUCCCUGCCUUCCUCAGUGAGGCUGCCUGCUCUCUCAUUGCCAAACUCUGCAGGUGGUUCAGCGCCAUCCGGUGGAAGCGACUUGCACUGCAGCAGAUGGAGGCACCCGCUAUACAGCUACUGAAGGAGCGGUUCUCGGUUGAUUCGACAUCAGUGGAGGAUGACCUUUUGGGAUGGGAUGAGGAGUUCUGAUGGUAACAGGACGGUGGUGGGACCCGCUCUGGAGGGGCAAUAAAGCGACGGGGCAAGGAGGAGGCAGGAGACGGGGGUACAAAACCCGGUGUCGCAUCUUUAU